AUGUACAAACUGUUGGCCCUUGUCCUUCUGAGCGCUGGCGUCGCUGCUCAAACCGAAAAUUCCACGCCUUCGACCGUCAAUCUUCGAAUCGUUUUUCAGCCCGAUGAUAAUCAGAAAGAGGUAUUUUUAACGGUUUUAAGCUUCGAUUUGAACCUUUUCUGCUUUUGCUUAUCAUUUCAUACCUGAAAAAUUGGCUCAACCUUCUAAUAAUCUUCCCGAGUUUUCAUCAUAGUUUUUUUUUUUAACAAAACUGGCAAUUUUCUGAAUACUUCUCGAAGAAGACUCGCAAAUUUUCGAGAAUCCUCCAAAGUCUGAUUCGAAAUUUUCACUAGGUUGCAAAAAAGCUAGUUCUCUAAAUUUUUCCAAAAAUCGCUUCCAGAAAAUCUGCCCCACCUUUUCUGCUUUUUUUUAUAUUUGAUUAAAAUCCAAGUUUCCCGUUUCAAGAUUUGUUUUCAAGAUAAGGGUUUUUUUAACCGUUGGAGUUAGUGGAAAUAUCUGCUUGCAUAGUUAUUCAAAAAGAAAAAAAUCAAAAAAAAAAAUUCGAAAACCCUCUUUUAUAUGAAGCUUCAUCUCGAAACUCAACUGAUUGAAAAGUUCCUUUGAAAAGUCAGCUUUUCCUCUCCCAGAUAGCAAUUUCAGUUUGACCCGCCAUGCGUAGGAGACAUUUGCGAACCGUCGCCGCUCCUCAGUCCAGUGGUACGGUAUUUUUGCUUCUCUAGUACAGUAUCCCCAACACGCUUGCUUUACAGUAACCUUCCCCAUUCCAAGCCUUGCCGUUCUGGCAUAAAUUCACUGUUUCAAUAUAAAUUUCGAGCAAACUCCAAGGGAUUAUUUAAGGGCCUUGAAAGGAAAACAAACUUCGUUUAAGCUUGAAAAGGUGCAAAAAAUUUUCCUACCUUUUCAAGAAAAAAAUAUUUUUUUAAUCGUGUUGUAAGAAAUUUAUCAUUUUCUUCUUUUUCAACACCUUUUUCUCUUCUCAAAAAGGAACUUUUCAAUAAAGAAUACAUGAAAAGGUAUUUUUAAAGCCUUUUUCAGACGCUCUUUUUAAAACCCCUUUGACAAUGUUACAAUAUUCAUUCAAACCUUUCCAAAAAGCCCAAAUUUCGUUUUCUAAGCCUCUUCCCUGCACGAGCACCAACUGCAAAGCUGCCGACAGCAAUCUGAUCACAUUCAAACUCCCGCUCAAUUUGGCUCCAUCAACGCCAAAAGCGGUAAUUUGUUCUUUGCAAACAUUUGAAUGUAUCGAUGAAAAAUAUUGCACGAAAUCAUCCCGAAUUCACCUCGACUUGCAAGAAAAUUCCACUUUUCCUCAAAGUUGCAUGAAUUUUGAAGAAAUUUAAAGAGGUCAAUAAAUGGAAUAAUUUAGAAAGUUCAGGCUUCACCUUGCGCCUCAGGAAGUUGUGCUCAGCCACAACAACCUCAGGCAACUUAUAAAGUGGUGAGUAAUUUUUUUAAAAAGAAGAAAAAUCUCUUGAUUUGAGUUGGAACCGAUCCUGCUAGUAAGUAGGAAAAGCAAAAAAGAGAAAAAUGUAAAACUUUAUCUUGAAGUUUCAUCUUGAAACUCAACCGGCUUUCGAAAAUCUUGUCACUCUAAAUUUUUAAUGAUCUGGGAAAGUUUUUAGUGGCCACUAUAGAGGCUCGCCAAGGACAACUUGGAGAGGACACUAAAGUGGCCACUAAACCCACUUAUAUAGGGGCCACUAUUUUCCGUUUUAGUGGCCACUUCAGUAGUUUUUCAUCCAGUAUUCCUUCCAGUAACUCUGAUAAUUUAAAAGCAAACAGAUUGGACCAGUUAUGUUGAUCCAUUGACCCCUAAAGUGGCCACUAACCUUUAACCCCUUAAGUGGCCACUAAUUUGACUACUACAGUGGUCACUGAAACGUCAAAACUCUAUAGUGGGCACUAAAAAUUUUCCCAGUACUUUGUCAAAAACCCACUUUUUAUUUUCAGUUAUCACUUUUUUCUCGAGUUCCAGGUUAUAAAAAGUCCAAAAUUUCGUGAACCGAUUUUUUCCCUUUUUUAAAAUGUAACCUGAAAAAAAAACUCAAGCUUCAUUUGUGAGAUGAAAUGCUCUUUUUCUAUCAUUUCUUGAAAUUUUUCAACUUCGUUGGCGUGAAGUGAGGGAAAUAAUUGAUUUUUUCAGCAAGCUUCUGCCUCCUGCGCCAGCGGCACCUGUGGACAAGCUGUCCAGUCCUCACCUGUAAAAAUCGAUUGAUUAUCGAUUAAAUCAAUCAAUAACUUUCAGACAACUGCCGCUCCUUUGAACACCCUCAACUUGGCGAACAUCGUCAUCAAAACAGUUCCAGUGUGUUUUCAAAAAAAUAAUUAUAAGAGAUUUUUGAUUAAUUCCCAGGCCACUUCUGGAUCUCAGCCCACGAUCACCGUCAAAUCUGCUGAUUCUACUUAUUCUUCUUCAGUAUGGAGUUCGAGAAGAUUUUCUUCAUUUUGCUGAAUUUUCAGAAUUUCGUCUCUUCUCCAAAAAUUGUCUCUUCUCCGGUAAUCUCGUCGGUCAGCAACAAUCAGCCCAUUUUCAAGAUUGUCAAAGCGGUAAGAUCCAAAAACUUUGUGAAUUUUGUAUUUUGCGGUCAGAUCAUAGGUUGGGUUUCCAUUUGAAACUACUGAAGAGGCCACUAUAGAGAUUCUCUAUUUAGUGGCCACUUCAGUAGUUUUUCAUCCAGUAUUCCUUCCAGUAUCUCCGAUAAUUUUAAAACGAACAGUUUGGACCAGGUAUGUUGAUCCAUUGACCCCUAAAGUGGCCACUAAAAACUUUAGUGGUCUAGUAGUAGCACUGAGACCUCUAUAGUAGCCACUAAUUUUUAAACCCUUGAGUGGCCACUAAUCUGACUACUAUAGCGGCCACUAAAACGUCAAAACCCUAUAGUGACCACUAAAAACUUUCCCAGGAUUGUAGGGAUCCCUCAGAGUUUGCAAGACAAACGGAAUAGUUGUUACUCUUCAAGUGAUCACUACAGAGACAUUAGUGGUCACUGGAGUUGUGCUUCUACCUCUUUAGGCAUCAUUUUGAGAAACAGACUAUUUUUUAUUUGACCCUCUGAGUGCGAAGAACUAGGUUCUUCCAACGGAUAAGCCAUAAAACUAUGUAUCAACUAAGAAGUUCUUUAGGCUCUCCAAACUUUGAGUUUUUAAAAAACUGGAACAAUCUUUGAACUAUUCAUUAUCCAGAUUGAUAGGUAUCGCCAUUUUUAGUUCUCACUUGAAUUUCUAAGCAAGGUAAUUUCUUUUCUCGGUCCUGAAACUCGUCCCGAGAGUUACUUUAUGUACCAUAAGAAGAUCCAGGAAGUCUCAACCUGCACAACCUUCUAGUUUCAGAGAAAUAAGAGGCUAAAGCUCAAAAAUGGCUAAGGGGAUUCCUUGACUUUGAGGUGUCCUUUCUCAAAAACUAGGAAGACGUGCAGGUUAAAACUUUUUAGAUCUAAACCAGGUACCUUAAAAAGUGUACUGUCCAGUCUUCAACGUGAAAUAAAACUACAUCCCUUGUUGGUCAAACAUUUUCCAAACUGACUCGAUUUGAGAACUCCAACGGGUUCUACAACAGCUUCUCGAACGGCUGCUCUUCCCCGUCCUGCUACAACCCCCAGCCACGGAUCAUCUACGCUCCACGGUACUUCUCGGCUCCGUGCGCGGCUCAGAACAACUGCGGCUUCCAACCCAGCCGCGUCUUCUACGCCUCGAAUUCGAUUUCCGGUGGAACGACUUCUUCCAACAAUGGACAGAUCGCCGUUCCGGAUGCCAUCUAUCAAAAUGGUCAGUUUCUGAUAUUCAUUAGAAAGUUAAAAAAAAGAAUAAAUUAAAUAGAAUCAUGCGUUUUUCCCUUUGAAGUUGGCUAUUGAAAAUUGGAAGAUUUUUUUUUUUGGAUUCGUGUUGAAAAUAACUUUCGAAAAAGCUCAAAAUUUUUAAGCGCAGAAAAUUGCAGAAAAAAUAUUCAAACUGCGCUAAUCAAGAAAAAUGAACAGGAUUGUGCUUUAAACAUAAGGUUUAUCCUGUCUAGUUAACUGAAAUAACUUGGAAACGGAAAAUGUUAGACUCCGCCCUGCGCCUUUAAAACUUCAAAUUGAGGGGAAGAUAGAUGAAAUCUUGAAUUUUGGAAGUUUUGAGAAGGAGAAUUCCGACAAAAAUUCAUAAAAUAUCAGAGAAAGAGAUCAAAUUUUGAGUUUUCGAUGAUUAUUGUGUGUUUUAAUGGGAUCAAAAUAUCAUAAGACUCAUCAAUAAAUGAUAAAACGGACGAAAAAACCUUCAGGCCGCCGAGUCCAUGUCCCCCUUCGCACCCCAACCAAGUACGACAACGGAAACCCAGUUUUCAGCAUUGGAAACUGAACAAAAACCUCAAAAUGUCAACUAAAUUGUCUGUUCAUAAUGUCUUUUUUGUUGUCUUUCUCGACCAAUUUAAUAUUUUUAAUUUAUUGGAAUUUUUCAAAGAUUGUUAUAAAAAUAAAUGUUUUAACGUGAGAAAAUAUUUCAUUUCUACAGCAAUCAUGUCGAUGAAAAAGGUGAAGAAGAACAAGCGAAAGGAGAACAGAAUCGAGGAAAUGUUGCGGUGAGGAGAGGAAAAAUAUUGGAAAGUGAAAAAAAAAGAAAAUUCUGGAAAAGUAGUCUCUUCUCUUUAAGUGGUCACUACAGAGGCGGAAGUAGCCACUAGAGCAGAAAUUUUCCCUUCAGUGAUCACUUGAAGAAUAUCUAUAUAGUCAAUACUCGACAAUUUUCGCGUGUCUGCAUCUCUCUGUUCCCUCUCCUGUGAGGUCAGAGAAACAUGAAAAUAGCACGUAUACAUUGGAGGGUCGCCGAGAGACGAGGAGUGCGCAGAGAAGUCAUUUUCAAAGAAAAACUGACUAAUUUUCAAAUUUUCUUGAAAUGUAGGAAAAAGUAUUUUUUUUUUCGUUUGUGUUUUCUCUGCCUGACUUCUCUGCGCCCUACUGAUAUCUCACUUGCAUGAUCGAGAGAAAAGAGGGCUCAGAGAAGCCAGACUUUUCCAACCUUCUUGGAAAGAUGAUCUUAUAGUUUCUUAUCAUUAAAAAAAGAAAGACGAUUUUUUUCACUAUUUAAAAAAAGAUAUAAUAAAAUUCUUUUUAGGCAAGGAACUGCCGACGACGUUUCCAUGCUGACAGGAGGUGCCGAUAAUCUUCGAAAAGUUGAAACGCAAUUUGUAAGUUUUCAGAUUAUAUAAUAACAGUAAAGCUCUUUAAGAAGUAGAAAACAUUUUUGUAAAUUUGUAAAUUUUAUAAUAACAAGAAGGGAGUAGGAAACCCUUCAAAGGCGGAUUUUUUUAAAUCAGAAUAUCUUCUUUUUUUCAAUGAAACAGCUUUGUCUUGUAACGCAAUUCGUAAGUUUUUAGUUUAUAUAACAACAAAUAAAGGCUUCAAGAAUAAGAGUAGUGCAAAUUUGAUAGAAAUUUCAUAAAAUAGUAAAUUCUACAAUCACGAAAAACUACUUAAACGAGUAGAAAACCCUGCAAAAAGUGAUUUUUCAGAAUCAGAAUAUCUUCUUUUUCAGUAAAAACGAAAAUCCACUACAUUUUCGACGUUUUUUCGAAGAUUUUUCGUUUGAAUCCUUCAUUCUAUCACAACAUAGCUUCAUCGAUAUCAUUUUUUUCCCUUUGAUCAUUUCAAAUUCCAGUUGGAAGAAUCGACAACACCUGGAGAAUUGCAAAACGAAGGUCCUCAAACAAAACUUCAUUUUUCGACUAGAAUUGUGGGCGUGAAAGGACAGGACGAGGAAGGCGAUUUGAGGUGAACAAAUUUCAUUUUUGAUCUCAGAGGAAUUCGCAAAAUCACUUUCGAAACGGAAUUUUCCUAAUCAAUAACCGACUUUUCCUUUUCGUUUCAAAUAAUUUUUCAAAAUGAAGUUCUCGGAAAAAAAAAGUCUCAAGCCCGUAUAGGGAAUGGCUCAAAGUGUUGCGGCUUGCUCAAAUUUUUUCUGUUGCUAGCGCGUAAGUUGUUUCAGGUCGGUCGCGUCUUGAAGCAACACAAGGAGCCAUUCCAAACGCGACAUUAACGUUUUUCCCUAUUCUUUUAGAGAGUUUCAGAGCUGAAUUUCUGUUAGUUCAAGAUUUACUCACAAUUUUACCUUCAAAAAAAGAAAACAAACUUUUUUUAGUUUUUAAAAAUGAUUUUUUUGGGGAAUGGAGACGUACACUUUUUCUUAGGUUUAAAAUAAAUGAUUCAUCAGGAAAAAAAUCUUUUUCAGCCGAAAUUUUUUUCAAAUCUUUGAUGUGUAUAUAUUUAUAGAUAUAUUUUUUUAAUUCUGGAAAGUAUUUUUUUGCAAAAAAAUAAUAAUGAUGUUUUUCAGUCAAGCUUACCAAUUCAUCUUUCCUCGCGUCAUUUUGGCCUUGUCAGCAGCGACGGCAAUUCAAUUAAUCGGCUGUAUCUUCACUGUUAUCUUCUUUUAA